AUGAGCCAACUAUGCUCCCCCCAUAUUAUGGGUAUCCCAAUGUCGACCCUCCACAACAAAGCUUCCAGCCUUCGAUUGGCCAUGUCUACUACUCUCCUCCAGCCACUGCAAACCCAACUCCACUGCCUCGACAUACUCGGAUUGGCCAUGGAGCUCGUGCAAGGAAUAGAGCUCGAAGAGAGGGAUGCGGACGUGGUGCACAAGAGUGAGCAGAGUGAUUUCUAG